AUGGAAGAUGUCAGUUAUUCUGUUGCUAACUUGGGCUACCCGACAAUUCAGAAUUACUUCGAAACGUUGCACACGAAAGACCCGCCAGAGGGCGCUGGCGCAAAUCUUAAAUCAAAGGCAGACAUGGUAGUGAUCUGGAGGCAGCAAGUUAUUCAAAAUGCACAUGAUCUUUAUAGUUUUGCGCAACGUAAUAUGCUGACUCCUGUUUUCGGCGGAAGUUUAAGUCGUAGAGUCUUCUUUUACAUUGAAGCCUCCAAUGGAAAUAGGCCUCGCCGUCAUUUUAAAGAAAUAAAAGGAAAUCAGGCCAUUCACAGCAUUCUUGCGUGA